UUAACCCAAAUCAUUAAAAAAAAAAGAACAAGCUAACCUGUCGCUAAAUUUGCUUGAUUUCCAUCCACCAUCUCAUCAUCAUCGUCAUCCAGCUCCAUUAUCUCUCUAACUGGUGGAUUGCUACGAUUUCGGUUUGCCAGAAAGUUGUCCGCGUAAGCCAUCUCUAAUGAAACUCGGUGGAAAAGGAGCAUCCCUUCCUCUGGAAAGAUGGCAUUCAUAACCCGUUCAGAUUGGGCUGCACGAUCACCAAUAACAAGAUCUGUACUAUCAAUUUCAAACUUUGUUCAAGGUCACCAAAGUCCACCGCAAACUUAAAAAAACAAAAAAAAACACUUAUUUGCUUACAAACUCACUCUCAUACGCGGUUCUUCAAUCUCCAUUGAUCUUCAAACUUGAAGCUUCAUGUACCAAUUCAAGCAGACUCUUCUCGAUCGCCAACCUCUCACAAGCUUCAGUCUCCCUCAACACUCAGAUGGAACGCACCCACGUCCUCGGCGUAGCUCUAACCCGAAGAACUUGUCUCCAUUCACUAAGGAUUACGGAAAAGCGAGCACGAUAUUACCCAACUAGAAUGGUGAUUUCGAUAGGAGUUGGAUCAGUUGGAAUGAAUGGAACACCAGAGAGCUACUCAUCAUAACUCCGAUUUCUAAUCAGAAAAAUGACAAUCCGAUUAAACCUAAUCGGAAACUUUAUUUAAUCAACUCAAUAUGAGUUCAGCAAAAAAAAACGAUUCGAUUUGAGUUGAAAACACAACAAAAUCGAUCAUAUAUAUGACCGAAUAUUUACAAAACAAAAAAAAUCUCUUCUCCUCUAGAAAAUUCCACUCCUGCAAAAAAUAAGGAUGAGAGAACAUGAGAUAAUUUUCUCUUUCUAAAAGAGGAGAGAGAAAUUUUUAGAUUUUUAUGAUUUUUUAUAUUUUCCUUUUAGCUUCUGACCUAUUAUAACCGGUUGUAUCGUGAAUAUCCUUUUGUGAAGAGAAGGACAAUUUUGUCAUUUCCUCUAUGUUGGAUCAUUUCGAAAGCCCACAGUUUUUGUUUCAUAGGCAUUUUCCUAAUUUGUUACUUCUUACAGGAUAUUGGCCCAAUUCACCCAAAAAAAAAAGUUAAAUAUAUUGAAUAAAACCUUAAGGAUGUGUAUAUUGCAGAUCUGUGAUACAUAUUUUCCAGUCUCAGAAAUGGUUACUAACAUCUUUUAAUGAAUUAAUAGUAUAACACAUAAUGUAUCUUCAAACCGUUAUAUAAUUAUAUAUAACACUUAAUUUUAAUAUAUCAAAUUACAAAUGUGUUUCAUUAUGCUUUUAUACACAAAAUAGUGAAAAUGUAAUAAUGAAAUAUAUACUAAAAUAAAAAAAUAUUUUAGGACCAAUGCAUUUUUGUUUUAAGAUGAAAAAAAUAAUAAUUCUACACAAUAAAAGAAUAAGCUUUAUUCAAAAAAAAGAAUAAGCUAACAGAAAACAAAUUCAAUUAAAAUAUACACCAAAUUUAAAACAUACCAAAACACCAUAUUGGUUAAUUACUCUUACAAUUAAAAAUUAACGACAUACAAUUUCUUAGUCACGGUCGUGAAAAUAUUUCUAACAAAAAUACGAUUCUAAAAUAAUGAAUAACCUAAUUGUAAACAAUACAAAAAAAUUGUAAAAACCUUAAAAUAAUUUUCAACAAUAUAAAAAAUAAUUUUAAAAUAACAAUGUAUUGUACAAAACAAAUAUUCGGUGCAAACUACAAAAAUUAUGAUAAACUAACAAAAUAUUAUAAAACAGAAAAUAAAUUAAUUUUAAAAUAAUUUUAAAAAGUAAUUUAGAAACCAAAUAUUUUAAAUAUAAUAAAUAAAACUAACUAUUAAAAUAAUUGAAAAUUCUAUUUAUAUAUCAAUGAAAUUGUAAUUCAUUUCUUUUAGUAUUAAGAUAAAUAUACUGUAAUAAAAAUAACAAAAUAUACGUUGUGAAAUUUAAGAUUAAUUUAAAUUAAAAUAAAUAAAAUAUUUUGAAAUAUUUACUAGAACUGAUGAUAAAUUUAUGCAAUUCUUUCAUAUACUAACCCGCCCGUAGGGCGGACCGACCCUAGUAACAAUUAUAAAAAUGUAAAAAUCAAUACUAACAGAGAUCCACGGAUCAAUCUCUAAUAGUUAUUAAAGAAUAUAAUAUAAUAAGUCUAGUAGGUCAUCGCUUGACCCUACUCAGAUGGAAAAAGCAAAUAUUUUGGUGGAGAUAAAGUUGGAUACGCCUUUCCAGAAAAGAGUAGCUGGCUGUCAAGGAGAAUUGUGGAACAGUGACAAUGGUUGAUGUGAUCUAUUGGUGGCUUCCUUCUAAAUAUAAUAACUGUGGUCAACACUAUUUCUUUUUUAUUUAACUAUAGUGUCGGACGACCGAGGUCAGCUAAACCUAGAUAAAAAACUGUAUCCAAAGAUCUAAACCGGAAACAAACCAAAAUACCUGAAAUUGAAAUCGGAGUGAAACCCUUAAAUACCUAAAUUGCUUAUAUAUUUCAAUAUUUGAAAUAACCGAACUAGAACCGAUAAACUAAAACCGAACCGAAAAAUUGAACGGGUAUACAAAUAUAUAAAAUAUUAAUUAUACAUAUAAAACAUAACUAAAUAUAUAUAUUUUAAAUUUAUUAGUCUAUUAAAUUAUCUAAAAAUAUUUUAAAAACUAAAUUAUUAUAAAAUAUCCGAACUAUCUAAAAGUAUCCAAAAAUAUCCAGAUUUUGUUGUGGAGUAAUAUACUAGUUGAAUAAAAUAUUCUAUCAUUUUUAUUACUAAUUGUAUAAUAAAUUAUAAAAGUUAUAUUGUAUAAAGUGUUUAGUGAAUUUUUAAAAAAAAUUAUAACAUUGGUAUGAUAUACUUUACGGUCUAUGUUACUAACUUUUCUUUGGUCCAUCUCCAUCUAUGUCAUGUUUUUUCUUUUUGUAAAAUUCCAGCAAUGUCGUAUUUUGUCUUAAACUCUCACGACAAGAAUGCCCUCGUCGCAUUUUAUCUCGAAUCUUGUGAUUUGUUCCCUCUUUCGCAAUUGCUACACAUGUUCCUUGAUUUUCCAUGUGAACUCACUGGUUUGGAUUCCCCCAAUAAUGAGCCAUCGUAAUGCAUUUGACGCUCAAAAAAUAUAUUAGUAAGAGAUACUUCACUGUCAUGCUUUUUAAAAGUACAUUUGCACCCAAAAGCAAAAUAAUAGAGUGGUAUACUAAAAAUAGCAAUGAAAGCAAACCAAAAUCAUUUGCCAGUUUUGGACAACUUCGCCUUUAGCUUUAAGUGAAGUAUCAUGUAGCAUGUGAUUGUUGUCUAUGUACAAUUAUUAUAUAGUCAUCUAAUCUAAUAUAUUAAAAUAGAAUUUAUGGUUUUAAAAUUUGGAUUUAGAAAUUAUUUUUUUUUAGUCAGCAACAUAACAAAUUUAUAUAGGCUCUGUAAACCAAACUGGUAGCUCCCCAUCCAUUUAAAAAUUGUUAAAACGCCAAUUUAAAAUAUUGAUAUUCAUAUAAAAUAAUAACAUGUUAUCAGCAGAAAUCAAGUUUAAAUAAAGAAAAAAUAAAAAAAUUGAAAGCUCUAUUUUGUAAAAUUUACAGAUUUUAUGUUUACAUAAUUCUCAUUCACUUAUAUAAUUAAUUUUUAUUUAAACACUUUCAUUACCUAAUCCACACGUUUCCUAAUUGCUUCUUAGUGUCUCCACUCUCCACCACUUAGAGAAACAUCAUUAGCUAGUAAAUUUAGUAAUAUUCUUAUGUAUCGUAUCAUUGGACUUGUAAUCCAAGUGAUGAAACAAGACUUGUUAUUAACCUUGAUGGAAGACGCGUCAUCAGUUACGACAUUAUCACUUGGCCCAUUAAACAUCUAAUACCAAACUAAUCAGUCUUCUGAUGACAUUAUCUCUAGACUAGUGGUUACUAUAUAUAUCUCUCUUUUGCGGCAUUUCUUGUCACUGCUAAUCACGGAAACAAAAAAGAUGGAUAAAAGAUGGAGUCUUCAAGGUAUGACUGCUCUUGUAACCGGUGGAGCCGCAGGAAUAGGGUAUGCCAUAGUAGAGGAGUUAGCUAGCUUUGGGGCCAAAGUCCAUGUAUGCGACAUAUCUGAAACUUUGCUCAAUCAAAGUUUAAGCGAAUGGGGAAAGAAAGGUUUUAAAGUGAGUGGCUCAGUCUGUGAUGUAACCUCACGUCCCGAGAGAGAAACUUUGAUACAAAAAGUCUCCUCGUUAUUUGAUGGAAAACUCAACAUUCUUGUGAACAAUGUGGGUGUACUUCGAGGAAAGCCAACAACAGAAUAUGGGGCAGAUGACUUUGCUUUCCAUAUCUCAACAAAUUUGGAAUCUGCUUACCAUUUUUGCCAGCUUUCGCACCUUCUCCUAAAGGCUUCAGGCUAUGGAAGCAUCGUUUUCAUCUCCUCUGUUUCAGGGGCUGUGUCGAUUAACGGUGCAUCCAUUUAUAGUCUAACGAAAGGAGCUCUGAAUCAGCUAGCUAGGAAUUUAGCAUGUGAAUGGGCAAAAGACGGCAUACGAGCCAACGCUGUUGCACCUAAUAUCAUCAAGACUCCUCAGGCUCAACCUUAUCUUGAGGACGUCAGCUUCAGGGAAGGACUGUUCGGUAGAACUCCACUUGGUCGAGCUGGAGAGCCUAAUGAGGUUGCAGCACUAGUGGUUUUCUUGUGUCUACCUGCAGCUUCAUAUAUAACAGGUCAAACCAUUUGCGCCGAUGGAGGCCUCACGGUUAACGGUUUCUCGUAUCAACCACAGGCUUGAAAAUUGUCUUGUCAUGUUUUGUGACUGUAAUAUUUUCUUUUGAAUAAAAAAACUCACGAUAUGAGGGUGUGCACGAACACAUAAGCGAAUUCACAAUUCCAUUCUGGAGAUUCUAAUCAGAUUUGAUUACACCAAUACAUUGCAGCAAUGUCUCUCUCAGAUAUCAAAAUGCUAUAUUGAAUCAUCUGUUUCUACUAAAACAAAAUAGAUUCUUAACUGAACAUAUAAUCAGGGGAAACAAAAUUUUGGAAUGAUCACGCUGAUUCUUUGGAAACACUUGGUCCUUUCAGUGUUUUUGCUUUGAAACAGAGAGGCAUAAUUCACAAGAUUCCAAUUUGCCUUUAUGUAGAUAAGCUUCUUUAUACUGAACAUUCAAUCCUAGUAACAUCUGAUCUCCAUACGAAGCUCUAAAUAUCAUACGAUAUUUAGUUGGGUAUAAGUUCGCACAUUUUGUUUUUGUUAUCUUAAAUGUUCCCUAUCAAGUAGUGUCUAUAUAUGUUAUGUCUGCUACUCACAGGGAAAAAAUGGUGACAGAUGGAGUCUUGAAGGUGUGAUUGCUCUUGAAACUGAUGGAGGGAGCCCUUAGACCAUCUCCAAUGGUUUAUUCUAUAAUAGAAUUGUGAUAUAUUCUAAUGAUAAUCUAUUUUAGAGUGAAAAAUAGAAUGAUGAAAAAAACAAAAACAACUUGCUCUGUAUAUAAGUGUUCAAAAAAUAAAACUUGCUCUAUAUAGUAAACCCAUUUUUUACUCUACUAUAGAGUGAAAAAUAGAGUGAAAAAUAGAGCAAGUUGAUUUCACUUGUUAAAUAAGCAAGUUGAUGUCAUUUGCAAGUUGUGAAAUAAGCAAGUUGAUUUCAUUUGUUAAUUUUAUGCUUUGAUGUUCUUUGUUAAAGACGAUGCCCUUAGAAGUCGUACCAUCUCGCUCGCCAUGAGAGUGUAAAUAAGAUUGUACUUCAAAUCUUUGUUCAUUGUUCCUUACUGAAAAACUCCUUUUGUUCAAAAUAAGUAAACAACAGAAUAUGUGGCAGCAAUUUUGCUUUCCAUAAAAGAAAAAAAAAUUGCUUUUCAUAUGUCAACAAACUUGGAAGCUGCUUUCCAUUUUCACCACUUCAAAUCCUCUCCUAAAGGCUUCAUGAUAUGGAAGCAUUAUCUUCAUUUCCUAUGUGGCGUGUCAGUUGACUUCAGGAUAUUGUAACCAAUGUACUAGUAGAUGCAGGGGAAAACGGCAAAUUCCACCAUAAACUUAGUUCUUCCAUUGUUUUCAUACACGAACUUUUGAGUCAAGCCUAAAACAUCCCCAACUAAUGAAAAUUUUAAAUUUCCAACACAAAAUAUUUCAAUGUGGUUAGUUCCUACAUAACCGGAACUAAUUUCGGUUUAAUUGUUGACCAUUGCUGACGUGUUUUGAUUAUUAUUGACAUGGGUUGCCACAUAUAACUGGUUAAUUUUGAUUUAAAGUCUAUGUCAGUAUCAGUGAAACUACGUCGUUUUAUUUUUAUUAAAACACAACAAAUUUGUGUUUGGGCUGGUUCGAACCAUCUACCAAGUUGAUGAUAUAAUUCAACUCAAUCAUUGAGCCUAGGCCUGGGCAUUUUACCCGAACUCGAUGAUCCGACUCGAAACCGAUCCGAAAAUCCUGAUACGAUCCGAAGCCAACCGAUCUUUUUAUCCUAUCAGGUCUUGUUAUGAAGGAUCCGAGGGUCUUAGACCUGAUCCGAACCGAACCCGAGACCCGAGUGGGAUACCCGAAAACUCAAAACUUCUAGUAUAUAUCAGGUAUAUAUGGGUGUUUCAGUUUAUUUUUGGUAUAAUGCGUAUUUAUUUAAGUUUCAAAUCUUAGUUUUUGGGUAUGGUUUUGGAUUUCAGAUAAAAAUUUAGAUUUUCAAAAGUAUACUUAGGAUAAUUAGAUAAAAUUUUAGAUAUUUUUCAUGUUCUUGGAUCAUAUUUUAGAUAAAAAAUUUCAUAUUUUUUGAGUUUUAAAAUAUUUUUAGGUAUUUUCUAUGUGUUUUAGGUAUUUUUUUGGGUUGGACCCGACAUAACCCGAACCGAACCCGAUCCGUAACCGAACCGAAUCCGAAUUGACAACCUCUAAUUGUCCUAUUGGAUCCAGCUAUCUAAGACCCGACCCGGACCCAAGAAGACCCAAACCGACACCGAACCGAAAAUUUCAAAUUACCCUAUCGGGUCCUAAACUCUUAGACCCAAAGGAUGCGGACCCGCAACGACCCAAUCCACCCGAGGACCCGAAUGCCCAGGCCUAACUGAGCCACUUGCAUCUUUUAUGAAUACGCAUCUUAGUACUUAACUAUACCGAGGUGAACCCAUUACUCUAUCUUCUUCGUCUCUUGAAAUUUUUAGACAGAUGUUCCAAUUGCGCGAGUCCAUAGUUACAUUGCUCCUGACACAGUCACGUAUUCAAACAUGAUUAAAUGCCACUGCAAAACGGGUAAGAUCGAAGAAGCACUUGAGAGGUUUAACAAGUUGAGGAAAAGCUAUGUUAUAAUCACAUAACUGGUGCACUCUCUAAGAAAGAAUUGUUUGAAGCAACCAUGGAAUUUAUUAAGCAACCAUGGAAUUUAUUAUGAAACUGUGUUAACAUCUGUCUUGGGUUGCAGAGGCAAAAGGAAGAUGAGAGAAAUGGGCUGAUUUUUAAUUUGAGUUAAGUAUUAUUAUGAUGUGUCGUAAGCAUUGAUUUCGUAUGUGGCUCACUGGUUAAUUUUUAUGAUGUGUCGUAAACAACAAGUUGCGUUUGGGCUGGCUCUAACCCCCCGGCCAAGUAAACGAAAAUAAUGACCUCAACCAGUGAGCUUCAAACAAUUCUUACGACACUUGUCGUAAGCAACUUGUCGUAAGCAUUGAUUUCGUAUCGGUGAAACUACAUUAUUUUUUUCAAUAUUAUUAAUAUUUUUACAAUUUUUUUGUUAAUUGAAUAAUUGUUGCUAUCAUGUUUAUCAUUGAAUUUUUGAAGUAAAACUUACUAUUAAAUAAAAUUUAAAAUUCUAUCUGGUCAUGAUUUAAAAAAAAAAGAAAUUUUUUUAAUUGUUUAGAAAAAAAAAAUUCUUUUAGAAAUUUCUUUUAUUUAAGAUUUUAGGAAAAUAAGAAGUUAUUUUCACAUAAUGGAAGAUUUUACUGACUCAUUCACAAUCUAAAUUUUUAAUUGACACAUAUCACAAUUAUAUCAGGUGAAAUAUUUGAAGUUACUUUUGGUUUAUAUUUUUAACACAAAAUUAUUAAAAAGUAAAGUUAGUUAAUCAAAAGAAAAAUAAGAUUACUUUUACGUUAUUAUUUUAUUUAGAUUUUUAAUAAGAAAAUUAAUUAUUUUAUUUCUUUUAGAUUUUUUACAACUAUUUUAUUUUAAACAGAAAAUUUCUUUUUAAUUAUUUAUAUAUUUUUUGUUAUACAUAUAAACACAUAUUUAUCAUAUUCACACAUACUCAUGUAUGACAAUAACAUCAAAAUUUAAAAUUAUUCUAGCAUCAUAAGAUGUAAUAAGAAUAAUAAAAAGUUGAGUUGUAUCAAGAAAUUAAAAGAAAAUACUCAGGUAAUACUUUUCAUGUAAAAGCUAUUGUGUUUUGUAAAAAUAAUAUGUGGAAGCUUAAACCUAAAUAUAGAUGUGAAAUAUUUGUAGCUAUUUUUUGUCAUAUUUUUUAACAUACAAUUAUCUAUUAAAAAGGAAAGUUAUUUAUUUAUAAGAAAAUAUUAAGAGUACUUUUACAAUUUUAUUUUAAUUCUGCCUUAAAAAAGUAAUAUUAUUUAUUUUAAAGUUAGUUUUUCUUCAUAUUUUUAUUAAAUAAUUAAUUGUACUUGUAAGAUUUUACAAUUCGUUUUUGUUUAACAUUUGUUUCUUAAAAAUUAAUGUUUAUCUUUUAUAAUUUUCUAUCUUUAGUAUCUUUUAAAACCAACAGUAUAAUGAAAAAUAAUAAUAACAAUAAUAAUAGUAAUAAUAAUAAGACUAUUAAAUAAUAUUUAUAAUUAAUUUUUAAGAAAAAUCGUUUUUAUUAUUUUAGUAUAUAUAUUUUUGAUUAUGAUAUAGUUUAAUACAUAUCACAUUUUUAAAUAUGGAACUAUUAUAUGUCACAAUCAUGUUAAUUAACAAUUUUCAAAGACCAAGCUCAAUAUAAUCUUUUGUAAUUAUAUUUCCAUUAAAAGUUUAGAAAGGAAAAUUUAUAUUAAAUAAAUUGUUUUCAAAUCUAUUAUUUAGGAUUUUGAA